AUGACCCUCUCCCAUCGACCCAUGACCCUCUCCCAUCGACCCAUGACCCUCUCCCAUCCACCCAUGACCCUCUCCCAUCGACCCAUGACCCUCUCCCAUCCGCACAGAACCUCUCCCAUCGACUCGCCCAGACCCUCUCCCAUCUGCCCAGACCCUCUCCCAUCCACCCAUGACCCUCUCCCAUCCACCACCCAUGACCCUCUCCCAUCGACCCUGACCCUCUCCCAUCGACCCAGACCCUCUCCCAUCGACCCAGACCCUCUCCCAUCCACCCAGACCCUCUCCCAUCUGCCCAGACCCUCUCCCAUCCACCCAUGA